UCACAGCAAAAGCCCAUUCCCUCCCUAGAAGAAGAAAACAAAGCAUGGCAACCAUGGCCGUCUCCUCAACAUUCACCGGAAAGGCCGUCCCAGUCAAUGCGCCGAGGGAGCUCUCUCCCGGUGUCCACUGCAACGGAAGGGUCUCGAUGAGGAAGACGGCCAGAAAGCCUGCUGCUUCCUCUGGAAGCCCGUGGUAUGGCCCCGAUAGAGUCAAGUACCUUGGCCCCUUCUCCGGCGAGCCCCCAUCCUACCUCACCGGAGAGUUCCCUGGUGACUACGGGUGGGACACUGCUGGUCUGUCGGCGGACCCCGAGACCUUUGCGAAGAAUAGAGAGCUCGAGGUCAUCCAUUGUAGGUGGGCCAUGUUGGGAGCCCUGGGGUGCGUCUUCCCCGAGCUCCUUGCACGGAACGGGGUUAAGUUCGGUGAGGCUGUGUGGUUCAAGGCUGGAGCUCAAAUCUUCAGCGAGGGGGGGCUCGACUACCUCGGGAACCCCAGCCUGAUCCACGCCCAGAGCAUCCUCGCUAUCUGGGCCACCCAGGUCAUUCUCAUGGGAGCCGUGGAGGGCUACCGUAUUGCAGGAGGGCCCCUCGGGGAGGUCACUGACCCACUGUACCCUGGUGGGAGCUUCGACCCCUUAGGCCUCGCUGAUGAUCCUGAGGCUUUUGCAGAGCUUAAGGUUAAAGAGAUCAAAAAUGGGAGGCUUGCCAUGUUCUCCAUGUUCGGUUUCUUCGUACAGGCUAUUGUUACCGGCAAAGGACCCCUCGAGAACCUUGCCGAUCAUUUGGCAGACCCUGUGAACAACAAUGCUUGGGCUUAUGCCACCAACUUUGUCCCCGGGAAGUAAAAGACAUUAAUGCUGAGAGUACCGGAUUCAUUUGCAAGUCUAGUAACUUCCUACGAA